AUGGCACUUGUUUCUUCUAUCACCAUAACAGAAGACCUCCGAACACCGACUUCUGGGAUUACUCUGACAAGCAGCCAUGAACCCACACCAGCUGCGUCACCUCCUAUCAAGCGAACGGUAGUCAUAGUUUAUGAUAUCGGUCAGGAAAAUAUCCUUCAAGUCGUGGCAGAAGUUCUAGGCAAAGCUUGGACAACGGUCACGACACUUUUAAGGGUAGUCCUAGGUAGCGACGCCGUCGUUGUGGGUAUCUUAAAUCGUGAUCUUGAGAAAACUGCACCAGAAAUGCGGGUUGAUGAUUUUUCAAGACUGUUAAUUGUCAAUACACAUUGUGUCGACGAUGGGUCCUUUCCGGAUGCCAGACUCUCCGAAGGCUGUCAUUAUGAGUUUAUAUACUCACAAAACCUCUUCUUUCGAAGGGAUCUGACCCGAUUUUUGUCGUUGAUUUUGGGACAGCGACGUCCUCAUGAAGAUCUGGCUGUCAAGCGUCGAACGAAUCUCAUAUCUACUACAUUUCCAGAUGUGCGUGCGGCGUUAUCGAACCUUGAUAUCUUAUCCGUUGGUUCUGACGCCAUCGAGCUCCGUGUUGAUCUUCUGGAGGAACCAUUGUCCGAUGGAAGCCGCAGUUCAAUUCCCAGUCUCAAUUACGUCGGGCAGCAAGUGAUGCUAUUACGACAACAUACAGAACUACCUAUCAUUUUUACAACUCGAUGCGUGCGUGAAAACGGGAAAUUUCCCAUGGAAGAUCCAGAGCUGUUCCAUAGAUAUCUUCGUCGCGCUAUACAAUGGGGUAUCGAAUAUAUAGACGUUGAAUUGUGGCUUCCAGAAGAGAUUCGGAAAGAUCUGUCUGAUCAUCGCGGUAAUAGUGUCCUCAUGUCCGCCUUCCAUGACUUUUCGGGCAAAUGGAAAUGGACCUCUCCAGAAGCGCAACAGGUGUUCAAGGAAGGUGCUCGUUAUGCUGAUAUUGUCAAGAUGAUUGCGAUGGUGAACACGAUUGAAGAAAACUACGAAUUAGAAUAUUUCCGGUCAACGAUCAAGGCUAAUUACUCGUAUCCUUUACUAUCUGCUGUCAAUAUGGGUCCGCAGGGCCAGCUAUCACGAGCUCUCAAUACAGUCUUUUCACCCAUCACACACCCUCUCCUGCCCAUCAUUGCUGCACCCGGCCAAUUGACGGCGGCUGAGAUCAAUCGUGCUCUACAUAUCAUGGGCCAACUACCGAAGCGAGACAUGUAUGCCAUUGGGUCUUUUCGGUCGACGUCACAAUCAAUGUUUAUGGAGAAAUGCUUCAACGAGCUUGGUCUACCGCAUAAUUUCAGCUGCAUCGACCGUGGACCACGAGGCUCAAUCGAGUCAGUUAUUAUGCAACCUAAUUUUGGCGGCGCAUAUGUCAAUCCGCCCCUCUCCAGUUCUGCUUCUUAUAUACCCACAAAAAGCGAUGCGGCUCGUGCCAUUGGCUUGAUCGAUACCAUAGCCGUCAACGGCUCAGACGGCCAACACAAGUUCAUUGGCGAAAACGCAACCUGGAAAGGUAUCCGUGCAACACUAACUAGAGAUUACAUUCCAUCUGCAUACCGUAGCCGAGCUGUGAUUAUCUUAUCUAGUUCUCAAAGUGAUGCAGCAGCAGCCAUCUUUGCGCUACGCAGUCUCGAUGUCGGUACUAUAUACACAGUCGGCUUCAAAGCCUCGGGCCCACUGGCAGCAGGCCUUGAACCGUUCACAUCUAUUCAAUCCGUGAAACUAGUCGAACAGCCCUUCGUGAUUGUCUCGGCUUUACCACCAGAGAAAUCUCUAUUAGUACAGCCUUUGCUACGCCAUUACCGAAGUAACGGCCGCGCUUCACCGCCAUCUACACGUGGCAAGCGUAAAGGGGAUCCUUUGGGGGUAGCGACUAGCGCUGGAUGGACGGCUUAUGGGAUUGAUGAUGUGAAUGCUUGGACGACCGUGGAGACGAUGCGGUUACUUGUUGGACAGAAUGUGCCGUUUGAUUUUGUGAAAAUGGCCUCGGGACAUGGGUUGUAUUGA